AUGAGCAUGGAUUAUGAAGCAACUGUUAAAUAUUUGAAGUGUUUGUUCCCAAAGGUUUCAAAUGAAGAACUUUGUUGGGCAUUCAUUGAGUCGGACGGGAACAUAGAUAGAGCUGCUGGGAUGAUUCUGGAUGGUCAAUAUAUUGCUGUCAAGCUACAAAGAGCUCAAGAUGCCUUACACCGACACGAAACGACUGAAGCGAUGGUGUGCUCAGCAAACCGAACACUGGGAAAAGAGUGCACUUCUGAAGGAAGUUCUAUAUAUGAGGAUAUUCCGGAGUCACCUAAUCCCACUCUCGCCCAUAAUAAGGACACCUCGAGAAGUAACUCGUCAUCUUACCAUUCGUUGCCAUAUGGUAACUGCAGUUCUACGUCUUCUGUAAAACCCUUCGAAGGAGAUGUGAAUCACUUUGAUGAUUUGGGAUCAAAAGCAUCCCAGAGCAAAACGUCCGUUCCUUCGUCUUUGCCGGAUUUGGUUUCAGAAGGCUCAGAUUCGUAUACAAAUGUCAGCUUUCAACAUUUAAGUGACGGGACUGCUGGAUCGACUGUUUCUAUCUCCACCCCAUCUUGUGCCUGCAACGAAGUACGCACCAAAGCCACUGAGUAUCGCAGGAAAGGCGACCUUAAGUUGCCAAUGAAAUUUAUCAUGCCAACUCAGGUUGGACCUGCGGCCGUAGCCAGAGGAAUUUUGAAAAGAAUUUUGCUCCAGAGCGGGUGUAACCGAUUCGAGUUGAACAGAGUAGAUCCAACACCGCGAGCCGAUUAUGAAGAACAAGCAUGGGAGUACUGGUAUCAUGUCACACUAACCCCAGAGGGGGACGAAGAACACGAUGAAAUGGUAGUGCGUUUUGUUGAGAGGUUCUGUUAUUUUGUUGGCGGAGGUUUCCACGACCAGAUCUUGGCUGAUUUCCCGGGAGUAAAAACAGUGUUUGGCGAAGUCAGACCACAGCAUAAUAAUGUCACACUAACAAGUAUGGCUAUUGGCAGUAUGCCUAAUCCUGGACUUUUCUUUGUCCGAGGUGACUACGUGACAAAUUACAACGAAAUUUCGAACAGCUUUUUUACAAAUUGUUUUGGACGAUUUGGAGAGGCAUCGUUUACAAAACAAUCGGAUUUGACAUCGCAGCUAAAGGUGGCUGGAAUGCAAUCGUUUUUAUCUUUUUCUCACUUCGAACAUGACAGAAGAUAUCUCACGCUCUUUUUUGCUGUGCGUUUAUGUGAACGUGAGGAGAAAAUGGAUGGACUUCGAUAUGCGGCUUAUAAAAUUAGUUUACCAUAUGCUGCCAUUGUCCAGAUUAUUAUUGAUGUUGGUGAUUCACACAAUAACACUCUUUACUUGAGAUUGAAGUAUCCACCCCAAGUUUGGCAAGCAGUACCACGGACACAGCAAUGUCGUAGCAAGAACAGGCGCAUUGUCAAUAUGGAGCAGUGCAAAGAAUGGGUACGCGUUCUGAAGUGGCCUGGUGACGAACGAUCAAAUGGUUGUUCCAGUGAAGCUCUUGCAGACUGUCUAUAUCUUCGUGUCACUCUGCCGAAGAAAAAUGAAGAUGGAAAUCAGCAACCAACAUAUCAUUUGUUUUCAAUUGCGUCUCGAAUGAUGCAGAGGUCAAGUUCCAAAAUCUAUUUUGGAUCUGUUUUCACUACCAGACGAGAUCUUCCCCCUGAUGUCAGUGUUAGGGGUGUAGGCUCUUUUCGCGCGGACUAUGCUGCUAAGGCCCUGCUUUCUCGUGGUGCUACCGUUUCCGACCAACUUUUAAUAGAUACAUGCAAAAGUCGCAAGGAAGAUGAAAUGGUGGCCAACCACAUUUUUUUUGAAAGAGUUCGAUGGUGCAUGAAAGAAUGUAGUCGAGCUUGCGAAGAAGCCCUCGAAAAUCUUCUUUGUGCAAUAGAUGAAAGAAGAGUUAUGGAUCUCCUACGGGCCUUCCAUAAGAUGUACACGAUCCGUGUAAAUGCAAUGAAACGAUGGCAACACGGCGAUAUUCGCGAUGUAAAGCGAGCACUACCAAGAAAUUGUGUACUUGUUCGUAAGGUGAUGGUAACACCUCUUCGCACCCUAUUCAUGGCUCCAGAAGUAAUGAUGACAAACCGAGUUGUGCGUCGUUUUGGCGAAGAAAACGCUCUCCGUUGUGUGUUUCGAGAUGAUUCGGGUGCUCGUCUCAUCGUCAAAGAUUUUGUACAAGGACCUUGCUAUGACCAACAAUCAUCUAUUGUAGCAAACAUUGUGAAGCGAACACUUUCACAUGGUGUCGAGAUCAAUAGUCGCCACUAUCACUUCCUUGCUUGGAGUAAUUCACAGAUGCGUGACCAUGGUUGUUACAUGUACGCAUCGACUUUGGAUCGACAAACCGGUGACGUAUCGAUGACUGUUGAAGACAUGAGAGAGUGGAUGGGCGACUUCAGUAGCAGUAAGAAUGUACCGAAACUAAUGAGCAGAAUGGGACAAUGUUUCACUCAAGCUCAACCGACUGUGUCGAUUUCAUUGGAGGAAUGGUGUGUGGAAGGUGAUGUGGAGGGAGGAGCUGGUCAUCCAGAAACACAAGAACCGUAUUGCUUCUCCGAUGGCUGUGGUCGAAUUUCACCCUCUCUUGCACGACGCGUUGCUUUAGCACUUCAGCUUGAGAUUGUUCCUAGCUGUUAUCAGGUUCGCUUCAAAGGCUUUAAAGGAGUGUUAGCAAUAGAUCCUUGUUUGGAUUUGGCGAAGAAUGGUCCAAAAAUCGUCUUCAGGAGAAGUCAGAUGAAAUUCAAAGAGCGAUGUGAUGACCAAACGAACAAUGUUCUUGAGGUUGUCAAGUACUCUAUGCCCUCCCCCGUUUGCCUUAAUCGCCCGCUUAUCACGAUUCUUGACCAAGUAACCCAGAAACAGUCUAAAAGGCUUCAUAAAGAGCUUUGCAGCAAAGUGCACCACUACCUCGAAAAGGAACUCGCACAACUUGGAGCAAUGCUACUGGAUGAUGCUGUGGCUGGAGACGAACUCACUCUUCGGCUCAAUCUACCUAUUAAUUUUGUACGACUCCGUCAAUGUGGCAUUUCUAUCACUAAUGAGCCAUUCCUGCGCAGGAUCCUUGUAUCCGUCUAUAGAUACAACAUUAACAACCAUUUAAGCAAAGCUAAAAUAUUUCUUCCGCACUCGGUUGGACGCUCCAUGUACGGUGUUUUUGAUGAGACCGGACUCCUUCAGUAUGGUCAAGUAUUUAUCCAGUACUCAGCUUCGCUAAAAAAACCUGAUGGAAAGCUGAAGAUUUACACUGGUCCCGUCAUGAUUACGAAGAAUCCGUGUCAUGUGGCUGGGGAUGUAAGAAUGUUUACCGCCGUCUACCAGCCCGCCCUUGCACACCUCUUUGACGUCGUCGUUUUUCCCCGCCACGGACCUCGUCCUCACCCUGACGAGAUGGCUGGGAGCGAUUUGGAUGGUGAUGAGUAUUCGGUCAUAUUCGAUCCGGACAUCCAUUUCGAUCACAACGAGGAGGCAAUGACGUUUCCGAAGAGUUCACCUGACGACUUUGAAUCAGUUCCUACGACGGAUGACAUGGUGGACUUUUUCCUCAAAUACCUGAGGCAGGAUUCCAUAGGAAGAAUGAGCAAUGCUCACUUGAUCCUUGCAGACCGCAAGGGUUUGUUCGACGAUAUCUGCAAUGGAAUUGCUCGAAAGUGUGCCAUCGCGGUGGAUUUUCCGAAAAGCGGUGAGCCAGCAGAACCUCUCACAGUGCAUGAACAGAGCGACAUAGUGCCCGAUUAUAUGUUCUCGGUCAUAAAACCGAUGUAUCGAAGUCAUCGUCUCAAUGGACAAAUUUACAGGAAGGCGAAGAAGGUUGAAGAGGUGUUGGACAUGACCGAACUCACUAAGAGCGUCUUUGAGCACGAUGUGGACCAGGUGCUAUGUCCCCCUGGCUUUGACCCUUUUCGUGGUGAUGAAUUUAAACAGGCCCAAGUGCGUCGUAUACGGGACGAGUAUGCCGCAAAAAUGCAGCAACUUCUUGACGAAUAUGGCGUUUCCGACGAAGCUUCGAUUGUGUCCGGCCACAUAGUGAGUCUGAAAAGGCUGGCGACGAUGGAGCGAGACGACUACUCUUUUUAUCACACGGACAGAAUCGUGGAAUUGCGUUACACAAGGAUCUAUCACCAGUACCGAGUUUUCUUUUUUGAGGAGUUUGGAGGAGAAGCUACGGUUUAUCAACGCGAUCCUUCCGGAAAAGCAACCCUUCGUUGUGACGAAAAUAUGGAGUUGAAAGCACUGCAAUGGUACAAGGUUUGUUAUGCAGACGAUCCGCGGUAUCGUCCCUCAUCGCCCUCUAUGAGUUUCCCUUGGGUUGUCUGGGACGUCUUGUGCUCCUACAAAAGAAACAAGAUGCUUGCGCAAGCUACGAUAGCACCAUCAACACAUCCACUUGCUGAUCGCUUUUCGAUAGAAAUGCAAAGCGACAUCGAGAAACACAUUGAUGACUAUGAAGUGUUCUGCGUGGAAAUUUGUGAGGAAUGCGAAUUUGUCCGACGGUACAAUAUCGCCUAUGGCCCACGACUCAUGUACGCUCUUUUUGUGCUCAAAAGAUGGCUCACUGCAGAACUUUUCCGCUUCUGCCGUUUGACAAUGGAACAUGUCGCGUUGCUUUUCCUUCAGUUUGGUUUGGGAAUUGCCAAGCUUCCUUCAGAUUUGUCGACUGUUAACAGGAUUCGAAUGUUUCCACGCAAGUUUAUGUGGGACGAAAACGUUGAGAUAGUUAAUCACAGCGUGAGCGACUGUGGAGUAACACUGAUGUUUUUCCUCCGGUACCUUGCUAGCCAUCAGUUUUCGAUGCGUCAUUUUCUGGACUUGAGUCUUCGAGAUGGACGGCCGAUGCCUUACCCGGUUCUGUUGCGACAAGCCAUUUGGGAGCCUCUCCAUCAAUUGGCAUUUCGAACCUAUCACCAUAUUGCUGUGUCAGGCCGUUUUGACGCUAUCUACGUCGGUGAGAUUAUACAGGACUGGAGCGAGAGCGAGUCCAGGGAUCCAAUCAUAGUGUCAAGUAGCCUCCUUCGUCAGAACUACGGGGAAAGCCCAUUAUCGGCACAUAGAAUACUCGAUCUGCUUCAGGAGUGGACGGGAGUUUCGCAGAUUUUCACUCGAAAUUUGUACCAAAACCGUCGUAACGAUGUGAUUUUGGUCACAAGUGUCGGCACGGCGACUGCUCGUCAACGUCUAGCCCGUCUCUUACUACUUCCGAUCGACCAGCUACGCCGCGCUAUUCGCGAUGAGAUCAUGCCGUUGUCUGUUCGUGAUGAAUCUCUUUGA